AUUCAGUCAAAGUAGGAUCCCAUCCCGAGAGCGGCACGCAUGCAUGCAUGCUUGCAGUCACGACGAGUCUGAGGUUCCACGGAAAGAUAUGACGCACUCUGCGCUCCGCAGACGCGACGACGCCAUGCAUGCAAGAUGGUUGUUGUUGUUGUUGCUGCUUGCUUGCUUGCUUGUGCCUGCUUUUGGAUCCGUCAAGAACGUGAAUGCACCCGGCGGAAGGGCAACGUGCUCGGCUGUUUGCUGCCCAUUCGAACGUCGACGUUCGUGCUUUUCAAUCAAGCGCAACGCCGAGCCGCUGGAGCGGCGAUUGUCCGUACGCGAGCUACCGUCCUUGGGAUCCUGAGGUAACGAGAUUUGGAUCGAAAGACAUCGGAAUGCCGAGUCUGGCUUGAGAAGGACUUCACACCUGAU